AUGGAGCGCGGGCUGCGGCGGCAGCUGGGCCGCGCGCUGCAUCUGCUGGGCGAGCUGCAUCUGCGCCGCGAGCGCCCCGAGCUCGGCACGCAGCAUCUGGCCGAGGCCUUCACUUGCUCCAUGGGCCUGUGUCGCCACUCGCUGAUUGUUUAUCAGCAACUUAUCUGUCAGAUAAAAUGCAACCUUUGGAUUUACAAAUCUUGGAUAGACACAGCUCUUGAAAAAGUUGAAAUGGCUGGGCGAGCACGAGACGGCGGCGCGGCUGCUGACGGAGAUGGACUAUGGAAGCUUCUGGAGCCCUCGCUGAAGAUGCUGGGCGAGCACGAGACGGCGGCGCGGCUGCUGACGGAGAUGGGCGCGCUGGCCAUGGAGCGCGGGCUGCGGCGGCAGCUGGGCCGCGCGCUGCAUCUGCUGGGCGAGCUGCAUCUGCGCCGCGAGCGCCCCGAGCUCGGCACGCAGCAUCUGGCUGAGGCUUUCACUUGCUUCAUGGGCAGCUCUUUUCAAAAGCCCAGUGUCAGUCAAUUUGAUAUCGGCGGCGGUGAAGAUGACGAUGAGGGUUUCAUUUACCAAUCACGGAAAAGGGAAAUAUUCGAAGAAGAAGCGGAACAGUCGCGACUAAUGAUGGCGAUAUCUGCAGGUCAGGAAUUGAUGGCGAGUUACUUCAGCCUAUUACGAGAAGCAGGUUCAUGCUCUGUGGCACAGACGAAGACCAUAGAGUGGAAGCUAUCACACGCAGGCUGGUGGGUCAGGAAGAAGAAGCAUGACUUUGUGCCUUGUCUAUGCCCGAAGCAUAAUCGAACGCCACUGGAUAUUUUAAGGAUGCAACUAAAUAUGAAAGCGUCUUCCACACUUGUGGAAAUGGAUUUCUCUGAAGGGGAUGCCCUGCUUGGAAGAACUGACACCGUUGAGGACAUAAGGACCCUACGCAGCAGCUACUCUAGAGGUCAGCGAAUGGACUCCAAAGACGAAUCUGUGUGAUUGGGUAGUUGAUUUCAAGUCUAAGCUUAAUAACAGACUUAAUUUUAAAUGCGAUUGAUAUCAAUAACUAAAUGUAAUUGAAUUGAUUGGCGAUGUCAACGACCCAAUUAGCAAUGAUCUUAAUAAAUAUCUAAUUUCAGUUCUUUAGAAUAUUUUAAUGUAAAGCUUUAAUUUUAUAAUUACGGUUAUUUAUGUCGUAGCGUUAUAAUAACGACAAUCCUUUGUGGUGAUUAAAAACUAAAUUACCUAAUAAAUAAGA